AUGGUCGGCCGCGAUGAUCGCGAUGCAAAACGUGCUCGCACGAGCGGCCGAAUACGACCUGGGGCUACUCCACGCUCACUUCCACGCGCUCAACACCCUCGACGUGUGGUGCAGCUCAGCAUGGUGAACAACUACCCUCGCUUCGGGAUCGGACGUGUUUUACAGGCGGUCUCUACUGUCCCUAACGAUGCUGGAGCGCUUGCGCCAGCGCUGAAGAGUCCUAGGUCAGAAAUAGCGAAGGUUCUCCUGCGCACUCGCUUGCGGCCAAUUAUCUUUAUCAGACGCCAUGGCUCAGCGCUCAGCGUUCAUUGCCACACCGGCGGUCUGCGGAUUCAACGCCCUCCACGGCAAAUGCCGCCACUAAUCGCAAUGUACCAGUUUCACCUCCUCGAGUUCGGAAUCAUCGUCACCUCUCGUCACAUCCGGGUCGGAGUACUGCCAAGCAAGGCGAGGGCCGUUCAUCAAUCCGGACCACUGCGUACUUAUAUCCAGCUUGAACAUAGCCAUUCCUGGGGUGACGCUACAUAG